GAUGCAUUAACUUCAGUACCUAGAUUACUUUUUACAUACCAUUGUGAUAUUUUGUGAAUAUAUUUAUACUUUUUACGAAUUACAAUUGUUAAUAAAUAAUACCAUUGAACGUAAUGGUAAAAUAUUUAGCUGUGGCCUGAGAUUUUCCAUUUUUAAAAAGCAAGGAGCUAGCCAACACGUCAAGAACAAGAAUUCCCAGGGUAGGCAAAAUGAAAGUCACUACAGAGAUCAAUGUUGGGUGCUUAAUUUUAUAACAUAUGUUUCGUGUAUAAAUAGAUUAAGGUUGAAUUAUGUCUUGGAUAAAAAGAAGAGGCCCUAGUACUCCCAGUCCUGCCCCUGGGCCGCCUGUGCAAAUGUACAACCCCAAUCAACAUUCCACGCAAGAGACUCAGUGGCAAAACCAACAAUUGCACGAUAACUGGUACAGUCAUUCCCAACAGCAGCAUCAGCCCGUCACGCAACAAGAACCGCAGACACAGCUGCAGCAGUACUGGCAACAGUCCUACACCACCCCCCAUGGCGGUUACAACCAAAACGCCCAACAACAGCCCCCACAACAACAACAACAGUAUACCCAGCAGUAUCAGAACCAAUCCGGUUAUUACCAGACGAACACUGGUUACAAUCAACAGGCCUACGGGAACCAGCAAUACAAUCAACAAUAUAACCAAAAUAAUCUGUACCCGAACACGAAUACCCCCCAGCAAGGAGGCCAGCAGAACGAAGGGGAUGCUUGGAAUUGGGGGUGGGGCGAUGAGGACAAUUCCAACGUGCAACUGAUGUCCCAGCAGCCUCCCACGAAUAAUGUUAAUCAAGCAGGAAAUAAUAUAGGUGACGCUUUUGCAAAGGACGAAUCUUGGAACUGGGGCGUAGACGAUACAAAGCCGAUAGCUAACCCAGUACAAAAUAUCCCCAUAAAGGAAGAACCGACUGACGUUGAUACGCCAUUCCCUAAAAUGGAAAAGAAUUCCAACCGCCCCGCAAAAGUGGAAAAUGACUCCGAAUCGAUAAAACCAAUACCCCCUCAAGAUUUACUGAAAGUAAGUGGUAAACGUGGCAAAUUAGAAACCCCUCAGUGGUCCACCGAAUCCCAAAUGUCCCAAGAAUCAUCCGACGACAUUCUACACACAUCGGAAAGCGACAAGAGUCACAUCAUGUCGAGAAGUUCCACGAUUAGCCAUUCGCCGCUUUCGGGUCAAGAGCAGUCCCAGAACCUAGACGAUGUGCCUAGUCAGAACAACGCUUACUACGAGGACUUAGCUUCAAAUCACCAGUUUGAAAACAAAGAGAUCGUUCCUAAUAUCAAGGCAGAGGUACAAGAAAACCGACCUCCCAAAGCAAAUCCUACCCCUCCACCCCCCAAAAAUACUCAAACUCCUCCGCUGUUGCCUCCAGGUGGUCCUGCAGAUGACGGUAAGAACCCUUAUAAGCGAUCCACCGGUUUAUCUCACAAAGUGGCGAACAAAUUCAGAGCAUCAAACACUACGCCACCCGAAAGCCGGCAAAAUUUGUACCAGCCCAAUUUCCACAGCCAACAAGUUAACUUGGAAACGCUACCCGAUAAUUCAGAACAACCCGAUCCCGUUCCAAGCCAGCCGGUGCAAAAAUCUAAGCCCAUAGCUCCGUGGCCGGACAAUAACGAGGCUCCAAUCAACGAUAGGAAUCAGUAUUUGGAGACGGGACAACUGUCGGGAGCGAAUUCUCAAGAUUAUAGUCAAGGUGACGCAAAUAUUAAACAGGAAGCAAACGAUACGUUGCCACCGCCUGGUUUGAGAAGGAUGGUGCCCGGACAAAUGGAACAGAAUGAGAGUUCGAGCAGUGCGGGUAAUUUCGGAGACGAGCCGCCUCCAGGAUUGAGUCGGAUGGUAUUGGGUCAGACUGGCACUGUGUCCAAUCCACAGCUGAAUUCGCUUCCAAUCGACGAGGAGAUCAGACUACAAUACGAAGCCACUGGUCCACCAGAAGGCCUCCGCCGGAUGGUCCCGGGAGAAUCGAGCUCCCCAGAAUCCACCCUUCGCAUCCCCCAACAGAGACGAGACGAGAACGACUCGGAAUCCGAACUCGAUCAACUCUCCCAACACGUUCCUCAACGUAGAUCUGCCACUAUCGGCGCGGACACUCCACCCGCCGUGUCUAAUUCGCCAAACAUACAACCCGCUACGCUUGGUGCUAAUCGAUCUGAAACUAUAGGAGGUGGCGACAGUACCGCCUCUAACCAAGACGGCGGACGCACAAGUAGUACCAGCGCCGCUUCCAACAAUAAAAGUGAUAAAACCAGGAAGAGCAAACCAGAUAAAAAGGAGAGCAUCGACCAGAAGAGCAGGAGAGAUUCGAUAGAAGGGGAGACGCAAGAGAGCGAAGUUUCCAAACUGACAAACUCCGUGCGGAACUUAACCGUAGGCGAGAACCUCACCGACGGACACACUUCGAAUACUAGCUUGCCUGAGCCCUCCACUAGGCGGCUAAGCCGGCAAGAGAGCAGCGAUAGCGACAAGGACGUCAAAAAGUUAUCGAGAAACUCCCGUGAAAAGAGAUCUGCGGAGAAAAUUAAACGGGACAAAGAUAGAGAAAGGGAAAAGUAUCGUUACAGCCCAGACAGUUAUAGAGACAAAAAGUAUGACAGGCGUAGGUACAAGGAUCGAAGAUACGAGGAGGACACCGAUUACUUCAGCGACAAAGAGAAAGACAGACGAGUGAGAGACGAUAGGGAGAGAGAAUACGACAGGAAAUACAGUAGUUUGCGUAAGGACAAGGACAAGGAUAGACGGAGGAGAGAUCCGAGGGAAUAUGGUAGGGAUAGGAGGGAAGAUUAUUAUUAUAGGAACAGAUACGAUGACGAUUACGAACCUGACAACAGGUCUAGACCGUCCAGUCGGUCGGAUUCCAUGCACGAGUCUUACAGAGGAAGGGAUCCCGAGAAGGAUAGGCGUCACCGUGAUAGGGAGAGAGAUCGUUAUAGACGGCACAGGGAUCCAAGGGACAUGUACAAUCCUUAUCAAGGUUUCGCUUAUGAUCCUUACAAUCCCUACUACCAGCAGUACCAGUACUACGAGAAUCUCCGGAGGACAAACCCGCAGGCGUACGCGGAAUGGUAUCGGAAAUACUAUCAACAGGCCACGGGCCAAGCUUCCUCGUACGGAGGGGCCGAGGAUAGAGCUUCGGUGCAUUCGGGGAGGAGUUCCGCAAACGAUGAGUUAGCUAAAGAUAGGUAUACACGGCAGAGUUUUUAUAGCCAGGCGAGCGUAUCCCACUUGGGCGGUUACUACGGAGAUACACGUACGCAUAGUGUAUCGGGCCAAUACGGCCUCGAUAGUUCUAGUUUUGCCAGGCCUUUCGACCAUACAGAUUCCUCGGUGAAUUUCGAGGACAACAGCCUCGUCGCGCAGCGUCUAACGCCCGCCAAGUUUGCGACGGCCCACAUAAAAGCGUCCAUCGCUUCUGGAAAGCUCCUACGGAUUAUGCCGCACUACCCUAUGGAUGGGCAGAACGCCGUAGUGGAAGUUUGCAAUCUACAAUCGCUCCUCGUUAACGAUGAAGAGUACAAGGAGCUGAGCCAAUUCCCGGGGCCUUUGGUCAAAGGAGUGACUCACAAGAAAACCAUUAUUGAAUACUGCGAGAAUAAAAUUAGGGACGCUAAUUUUAGUCAAGUGGGGGAUACCGAGUCGUACGUUUUGAUGUGGGAGCUGUUAAUUUUGCUCAUUAGGCAAAACGGGAUGGUUGUCGGGACGGAUAUAGCCGAACUUUUAUUAAAAAAUAAGCCGGACGUUCCUCCAAGGCCAUCGUCGGUAAUUUCUAAUUUAAGUAGUUCUCCUGGAGACGUGAAUCCCACUUCUGAGGCCAGCAAUUACCAGUCUGAAAAUAACGGUAGUACGUUGUCUGUUCUCAAAGAGGAAGAGGUUACUAAUAAGUUUAGGGAAUUUUUAUUGUACGGUUCCGGAAAAGAGGCCCUGGAAUGGGCGAUGCGUCAUGGACUCUGGGGCCAUGCACUAUUCUUAGCUAGCAAAUUAGACAAAAGGACUUACGCCAACGUUAUGAUGCGUUUCGCUAACGGAUUAACUCUAAACGACCCCCUGCAGACGCUGUAUCAGUUAUUAUCCGGGAAAAUGCCCGCUGCUGUGACGUGCGUAUCCGACGAGAAAUGGGGCGACUGGAGACCGCACCUAGCGAUGAUCCUGUCGAAUUCAACGCAACGCCCCGAGCUGAACUGUAAGGCCAUAACGACACUCGGGGACACUUUGAAGAACAGGGGGAGUUUGUACGCUGCGCAAUUUUGUUACCUGAUGGCUGAGGUUGGGUUCGGCAAGUUCGACGAUCCCGAAACGAGAUUGGCGUUGCUCGGCGCCGAUCACAGCAGGGGUUUCCCGUCGUUCGUGUCGAACGAGGCGGUGCAUAUGACUGAAAUUUAUGAGUAUGCCUGCGGAUUGAACAUCCCUGAUUUUAUUAUACCCGAAUUCCAGAUUUAUAAAUACUUGUUAGCCACCAGACUGGCGGAUUACGGCCUGUUAGAGAAAUCCUUGCAAUAUCUAGAGAAGAUAUCCGCUUACGUAGUUAAUAACCCGGCGUCGGUUCAACCCAGUUUCAUAGGCAAAGUGUGCUCCCUGGCGGACAGGCUGAAGUUCUACGAUCCCGUCGGGGAGAUGGAAGACGAAUCUGAAUUUGGCGGCAUCCUCGAAACCAGUCGGCCCGACAACUCCUGGCUCAAAGACCUCAGGGCGGUACAAAGUGAUUAUCAGUCGGGGUUGAUAACGCAUGAAGUCGUUAACGCUGUUAGUUACACGGCUUCGCCUUUAGAAACGGACCUGAUCCAGCAGACCUAUGAACCCAACGGCCAGGAAACAUGGCAACAGCAGUACGAUCAGCAGUACCAACAAAGUGUGGUACAGCAGCAGCAGUGGCAGCCGGAGCAACAGCUGGCUCAAGUCGAGUACCAGCAACAAGAGGCCCUACAGCAAAACGCACAAUACCAAGAACAGCAGAACUACUGGUCGAACCAACAGCAGCAACAGCAGCAGCAGCAGUGGGGCGAACAGCUCAACCAAUUCCAACAGGAAAGCGUCGAUCAGCAACAAAAUUACUACGGAUCUAAUGCUCAAGUCGAGGAAACGCCUCAACCCCAAAUUUCCAUGCCGAACCAGUCGAAAGGACCGAGCCCGUACCCCGACGAACCCAAUCGAGAGCCAUCCGAGAAGAAACCGAGUCCCGUCAAGCCUAAACCGCAGAGUCCCGCCCAGGACAAGACGCAAAGCACGGGUUGGUUCGGGGGGAUAUUCAGCAAGCUAGCGCUCAAGCCCAAGAACCAGAUGAAACUGCCCGACGAUAAGAAUCCGAAGAUUGUGUGGGACCAAGACAAGAAGAAGUGGACCAACGUUGACGAGGAUCCCAGCGAUCCGGCAACCGAGUUCAAACCUCCACCGAAAAUGGCCGAUCUAAUGCCUAAAUCGGGUCCAUCUGAUCGUUCUCUGCCAGGUACUAUCCCAACGUACAACCCGAAUGGUACUCUAGCGCCCGUACAUAAUAUUCCUGCCUAUGAUGUAGGUCAAGUGGCAGAGCAGCCGUUUUCGCUGCCCGGUGGAGCGGUUCGAAAUGGUUCGACGCCUGUGGCAAACGCUUCCGCCGAGGAGGCCGUGAAUGCUGUUAAGUCGAAUCAGCCGAAUAUGUUCAAGCUUCAGAGGGGAAGAAAUUUGAAAAACUCGUACGUCGACGUAUUUAACCCUGGUGGUAAAAGCGGUGGGCCUAGUUCGUUGCCACCCAUCGACAAUCUGCCGUCUGCCGUACCGCAAUUGAACUUUUUCAUACCUCAGCCGGUGUCCGACCCCAACGCACCUGUCGACUUUCUAACGCCCGGCGGGGUGCCUCAGAUGGCGGAGCAACAGAUGUCUAGAUGGAGUUCCACUAGUUCAUUGUCACGGGAGGUGCAAUUCUAUAUGCGAACCAAACCUCAUCCUCGGUAAACCAUUGCUUACUGACAGCUUGCGCACUUUCACCACCAUUUUUUCUUUGCUCUAGGAUUGUAGCAAAGCCGGAGACGGAUUAGGGAUUCUACUGGGGGAACGUCAGCGCUGGGAUGUGUUAACUUUUAUCGAUAUAUUGGUUCUGUGAUUUGCAGAGUUUUCAUAUUAAUGCUAUUAUGUAAAGACAAUAUAAUUAAAGUGUAUUUAUAUUUUAAGGGAAUAAAAGUUAUUAGUCAAGUUU